AGAGAGGUGUAGGAAAACAGCUGUAUAGAUGUAAACAGAAUGCUGGAGAUUGCUGCACAACUCCUAGCUGUGGGCCUGUUGUGGGGCGUUACCAAUCCGUUUAUCCGCCUCGGGAGCCAGGGACUUGAGUCAAUCAGAGAUACGGGCUCCAAGUGGAGGAACUUGGUCCAGGAAGCCCGCACAAUCGGCUCCCGCUGGCGAUACUGGAUACCUUUUGGGCUCAAUCAGUGCGGGAGUGCCCUGUACGUGUGGACGCUCCAGAGUGCCAACAUUACUGUGGCGGUGCCAGUGGCGAAUUCGUUGAGUUUCGCCUUCACAGCAAUAACCGGUUAUGCGCUUGGAGAAAAGCUGCCUGGGAAGAAAGUAAUCCUGGGCACCCUACUCAUCUGUUGCGGCAGCAUUCUAAUGGUCUACGACAAGAUCCUGCAGGAACAGUCGCAAAAUCAACUAAAUAUAACAUUCGAAUGAUCUUACCCUAAA